AUGAAUCCUGUUGCCAUCCGCUACCAUCGCAGCAGAGUUCAGGCUCUGAAGCCAAUACUGCGAGCGUAUGCUCUUGGAUAUUUGUCUUCAACCACCCCGAGACUUAUUUCCUGUCUACGGCGUAUCCAGGAUAGUAAGCUCAGCAAUAAAGACCGGCUGAAAGAGUUGCUUCAAACAUUAACCAGUGCGUUCCGAUUUGAGAGCUUUCCUACAUUCUGUGCUCUCCUGAUUGGUGGCUCAACUUUGGCUCCCCCACUACUUUUACGCUAUCUUGAUCAUGUUCGUCGCAAGUUCAAGCUUAGCAAUACUUCCUUGUACACAUCGCAGCUCAUGCGAUUCGUCCGUUUCGUCUCGGCAUUCUUGUCUGCCUGGUUUUCCUUUCAACUCCUGAAUAAGAGGCCCAUUAGACCACAGAGUGUGCAUCGAUUAUCUGCCGAUGACGCUUCAUUGCAAAGCGCUAUUGGGCCGCCAAAAAAUGACAGUCCACCAAGUACCAGUGUCCAGCUUGUCGGCCGAAGCAUGGAUCUUACGCUCUUCAGUCUCACUCGCGCUGCGGAUUUGAUGGUAUGCAUGGUAUGGCUGCAGUGGAAGCGUUGGCGGAAAGCCAGAAAUCACUGGACCUGGGCAGAGCGUGUAGCGCCAAAGCUUGCCAAUUCUGGUCUUUUUGCUGGUAGUGCGGCGAUAGUCAUGUGGGCAUGGUUUUAUAUGCCGGAGAGAUUGCCAAGGUCUUAUGAGAAGUGGAUUGGAGAGGUAGCAAAAGUGGACUCUAGAUUGAUCGAAGCACUUCGCCGUGCUAGAAGAGGUAUUCUGGUCUAUGGUAAAGAUACUGGACAGGCUCCCCUUCUUCAAUCCAUGUGCAGAGAAUACGGCUGGCCGCUGGACUGGGGUGAUCCCUCGAGAACUGUCCCUAUACCCUGUGAGAUGGUCCACAUGGGAUAUGGUCCGAGCUGUGAGAAACAUGCAGUAUCUAGAUUUACUCGAACGUUCAAGUAUGCUUGUGCAACUUACAUUCCAUUACAGAUUCUCCUGCGCCUGCGGAAGCUGAAGUCAAUGUCGUCACUCAAGCACGCCCUGAUUACCGCUCUGCGCUCAUCUGCGUUCCUUGCGUCGUUUGUGAGUAUAUUCUACUACUCAGUAUGCCUCGCCAGAACAAGGCUAGGCCCUAAGACUUUUGCCCGUGACACAAUCACACCCUUGAUGUGGGAUUCUGGGCUUUGUGUUGGCGCGGGAUGUCUCAUGUGUGGUUGGAGUAUACUCAUCGAGAGUGCGCAAAGACGGCAAGAGAUUGCAUUAUUUGUGGCACCUAGAGCCGCAGCAACGGUUAUGCCGAGAUUCUAUGAUAAGAAGUAUCAAUACCGGGAACGCUUUGCAUUUGCCAUCAGCGCUGCUGCUCUGCUAGCGUGUGCACAAGAAUGUCCCGAGAUGGUCCGAGGUGUUUUUGGGAGGAUAGCAGCCGGUGUUUUGAGCUGA